CUAUUAAGAGAUGGCUCUAUGCAGGACAUUACUUCAGGACCCCCAGUGUCCUCCCAAGUCGCAAAUGCCCUGAUGUGAGGUAUACCUCCAUCAGUCCGCCGUUCCCGCUGGCCGAUGCUACAUGGUUGCCGAAGAAGAUCGCUAUCGAGUUGCAGAUCGCCAACCUGUGCAUACGGAGCCUUUUUGCCUUUUAAACCAGGAAUGGUUCAUUGUGGAAAGAUGGACGCCCCUUGAUCGCGACCCUCCGCCUUCCAAAUCGUCCGAUCAGCAUAACGAAGGCUACGAGCCUCCUAGCUGCCUUAUUGAUCGUGCUGAGAACGCUGGUUGGCUGCGAGCCCAAGCUACCCCUGAGUUCCCUGAAAUUAAGCAUCUUUGCACAGCAGACACCAGGGCAGGUGAUCGAUACCAGGAUCCAUGGCACCCAGGGUGGUAAUGAAAGAAAAGAGCGCUGACAUCUGGCGAAACACGUUUCCAUGGAGCUGGGUGAUUAGG